UGUCGAGUCGGCGUGGGCUGUCGACGUAAGGGGAUCUCGCAGCUCGCGCCCAGUCCUCGGAGUGAAGCUCAAGUUUCCCCUCCCUUGCAGCUCGCCAAGAGCGUAGCGAGAUCAGUGUCCUGCAACUCUUCAGCCCGCUGGACACGGACGUAGCGCGACCAGUGUCCUGCGACUCUUCAGCCCGCUGGACACGGACGUAGCGCGACCAGUGUCCUGCGACUCUUCAGCCCGCUGGACACGGACGUAGCGCGACCAGUGUCCCGCUACUCUUCAGCCCGCUGGACACGGACGUAGCGCGACCAGUGUCCCGCUACUCUUCAUCCCGCUGGACACGGACGUAGCGCGACCAGUGUCCUGCAACUCUUCAGCCCGCUGGACACGGACGUAGCGCGACCAGUGUCCCGCAACUCUUCAGCCCGCUGGCCACGGACGUAGCGCGACCAGUGUCCCGCAACUCUUCAGCCCGCUGGACACGGACGUAGCGCGACCAGUGUCCCGCAACUCUUCAGCCCGCUGGACACGGACGUAGCGCGACCAGUGUCCCGCAACUCUUCAGCCCGCUGGCCACGGACGUAGCGCGACCAGUGUCCCGCAACUCUUCAGCCCGCUGGACACGGACGUAGCGCGACCAGUGUCCUGCAACUCUUCAGCCCGCUGGACACGGACGUAGAAGUCGGUAGUUCCGAGGAUGGUGUCUCUUCUAACCGGCAGGUACUCUUCUCACUACGCGCCAGUACCUAGCGAGACACGGCGGUCAGGAGACCUUCAGGAAAGACUUGUCGGACGAGGAUACCUCGGCCCAACACCGCAGUCGGACAGCACCGAGUACUCUGUUCGAUGUUGCUUCUUCUGUCAGCUGGUGCUCCGCGUGACAAGUGCUGAGUUCCUCCGGCGCUGGAGAGUGAUGGAGUUCCCGGGAAGCUCGGACAUUUGACGGCGGAACGAAGGACCUCCAGGCGUGCGUACAAUGCGCCCGAGAUUUCACGCCGUAACAUCAGCGUCCUUUCGGAUGUGCCACAGAGGACACGUCUUAUCCGACACCUUGUGAUACCGUUGUGUCUGUCCUGCAAAGACAGCGUACAAACAUCACUAGACUGUAGACUCAACUGUGCUACACACUUUCAAAACGUUUCACCUUAAAUUUAAGAAUAUUUGUGGUUACAAUUUUAUCUAGGGAUCUUCGUAAAUUAACGGGUACAAAUUUCAAUUACUUCGAAAAUGAAUCCACAAGAAUAAUCUCCGUAGACAAGGAAAAAAAUAAACAUUUAAAAACUGGUUAAGACUCAUCAAAAAAAAACCUUUUUAUACCGAAAAUUAGAAUUCGAGAGUUGUGCACAGGAUACGUUUUACGAAGAUACUGUUAUCUGGAAUCACGAAGAACUCUUCGCUUAUUUGUAGGUGAAUUCUUCGUUGAAAUUCCUUAAAAUCGGUGUAAAUGUCAAACAGCGUACGUACUCAAAAACAGUUUAGCGUGCCCUUCGGGCGAUACACUUAGGUCAGAAGGUUUUUUUGUGAUAUGAAAACUGGGUGUUGGUGUGUGUUCGGUUUCUCAUUGCUGCCGCUUGUGACGAUCUCACUCGUCGGCUCGGCGCGUGUGAGAGUGGUUGAAAGUGCGCAGCAGAUGUGUGACGUGCUCCGAGUGUGAGGGAAUCUGAAGGAUAAGGCCCACGCGUGGCUGUGGGGCCCAGCGAGAUCACCAGGUGUUGUGGACACGCGGUUCAGCCCGAGAGGGUCGACCAGGUGGAUACGCCCCCCCCCUGGUCGCGAACGGACGCCCGUCGGCGCGCCGAGAUGACGACGUGGACGGACGCGCCCGCCGGACCCAGGAGGUCGACAGCCUCCAGGGCGGUCCUCUUCGUCCGCGCCUUCCUCCGGAGGCCGCGCGGUUCGGAACCUCGGCGCCCUGCGUGCAGUAACAUGCUCAAGUUCUGUCCGGGGGCCGGCGCCAGAAGCGGCAAGUAUGAGGUGAACCCCGGCAGCAAGGCGGCCCAGAGGGGGGUGCGCGAGGGUGACGUCAUAUCGUCCAUCAACGGCCAGCCCACCAAGCACGUGACCAACAGCACCGCGCACUCGCUGCUGAGGACCGCCGGCCACACCCUCCGCCUCGGACUCAACGAGGACAGCUGCGGCUCGCCCAAGAGGAAGGGACACAAGAGCAGCCAAUCAGCGGACCAGGAGCAGCCAUUUGCAAGAGGCGAGGCGAGAGGCAGCGGCCGGGAUGCAGGCGGCGCAGUAGCAGGGUCAGACGGCGGCCCCCGAGGACCCGGUGCGACCGGCAAGGGUCUGCAGCAAGGCGCCGUGCCUGGCGGGAGUUCAAGGUCACGACGACGCAAGAGGGCUCGUGCCAACCGCCUCAAGAGUCAGGACGGCGAGGCUCCCGAGACGACCACCGCGGCCACUCCAAGUCCGGCUGAGGAACAUCACACCUCUGCCGCAGUAGAGUGUCCUGAUGCAAUUGCGUCAGAGAUCUCACCAGCAAACAACGAAGAUGACCCGCCCGCUCCAGAAGCCAGCAACGCGGGCGAAGCAGAAGCUGCCGCUGCUGCUGGUGCGGACAGAUCAGUCAACGUCAGUUCCAGAAGUUUUUCCAGCGAGUCUUCGGUCGAGCGCAGGAUCGAAGUGGUUAGCAGUCACUUCAUCGCAACUGGUUUAUCGUCUCAAAAUUCCACAGACGUGAGCACCGAAAGUGUUUCUACGUUCAGCGAGUCCGUGCAAAAUGUUGCAAGCAAUAACGAACAGUUGACGUUUAACGACAGUGUCGAUGAUGUGUCCCGGAACUCGCAGCAGGAUGAUAGUGUCCAGACAAGACUUACCACUUUUUCUGCUGAGAUGGAGAAUGAAAGCGAGAGUGAUGAAACUGUCACGAAUGUUCCAGUUACUGGAAUGAUAGGAAAAGAAGAUGAAACUGUCACGAAUGUUCCAAGUACUGGAAUGAUAGGAAAAGAAGAUGAAACUGUCACGAAUGUUCCAGGUACUGGAAUGAUAGGAAAAGAAGAUGAAACUGUCACGAAUGUUUUAGUUACUGGAAUGAUAGGAAAAGAAGAUGAAACUGUCACGAAUGUUCCAGGUACUGGAAUGAUAGGAAAAGAAGAUGAAACUGUCACGAAUGUUCCAGGUACUGAAAUGAUAGGAAAAGAAGAUGAAAUUGUCACGAAUGUUCCAGGCUUUGGAAUGAUAGGAAAAGAAGACGAAACUGUCACGAAUGUUCCAGUUACUGGAAUGAUUGGAAAAUACGAAACUGUCACGAAUGUUCCAGGUACUGGAAUGAUAGGAAAAGAAAAGUCUGAACAGGAGAUUAAGAACAGAGAUGUAGAUGAGCACUCACAUCAGGGCAUCCUGGAGAAACUCUCCCUCGAUAAUAGCCUCGAAGAUCUUGAUCGGCACAGUAUAAACUCUGCAAAUGAAUACAUCAUUGGUUUAGCCGAUGGAAAAUUGUUUGUUUGCCAGAAGGAACCUAAAAAUGAAAGAAAAAGUAGUAAAAACGAAAGUAAAGAAUUAAUCAACGACAACCACCUUGACAGUCAUGGGUUGUCCCAGAACGAUCCUGCUGAUGACCGCACAAUGGUGACAGAUGUCGCAGAGACCUUUUCCUCUCAGAAAGACACUGAAGAAGAACAAAUGGCGGGGAACAAAAUAGAACCGCAGGGCCACUGUGGGAUCGGGACUGGUGGGGAGCAACAAAUAGUUCGCGAGGAACUUAAACAUAAAUCUUUAUAUCACACUUUUACUGAUGUCACACACAUCAUUGGUACUGAUGAUACGAAGACUGAUUCUUAUGUAAAUGAAACUGUCCAGGAUAAUAUUGAUUGCAGCAAAGUUAAACAGACAAUUCCUUGCAAUGAUAAGACUGAAGAGGAGCAUAUCGUCAUAAAUAAACCUGACACUGCACAUACAAACCAGAAUGUGGAUAUGGUUGGACUUGCCAUGAAAAAUGAUCAAGUGAGGACUGCUGACUGUAUACGAAACAUAUUAGAAGAGAGCGAAGACUUUGAUGAAGGUGGGCCACAAACCUGCUUUCAGGAGACUGCUUACCAAUUCGAAGGUGUAGAUUCAUUUCAGAAAAAUGGUUCAUUGGUUGACAUGGCUGACACACACAUAGCAAGUACAGCUCUCUGUCAGAACGCAGCCAAAGAAAAAUUUGUAGAUUGUUAUGAAACCGAAGAACAAACAUUUGGCAAAUUCGAAGAUGCAGAAUCGUACUCGAAUAAUAAUGUAGUUCGCCAUGCCAUUAGUACAGUUGUCGCUGAAACAAUACCUUGUCAAAAAGAUGAAAAAGAGGAAAAACCUUUUAUUAGUGAAAUUGAGGGAUUAGGGCUCUUCAAGGACAAUGCGGAAUUGACAUAUAUGGCUCAUAAUAAGGGUGAUGUCAAAGGCGAAAUUCACAACGAUUCCGUAAAUGAACACAUUAUUAGCCAAAUAAGUACGAAGACAUUUCUCUGUGAGAAUGUAACUAGAGAAGAAAAUAUUGUUUCAAGUUACUGUGAACAGCAAGGAUCUUUCGGGAAUGAGAAUUAUAAAGAACAAAUUACAGAUGAUAAAUCCAAUGAAAAAGAGCGCCCUGAGGGCGAAUCAGGACCUGAAAAUAAUUUUUUUGCAGCUACAGUAAUAACGGAAGAUUUGGUUGGAGUGAAAACUGUAGGGGAUAUAGUCAGGAAAUGCGAUGCUGAAGACCAAAUAAGCUGUCAAAAUAAAAGUUCCUUAGAGCACGUACCAGAUGAAAACUCUGUUGCUAAAAGCCUGUUGGCAUCCAAGGCCGCAGAAUAUUGCAAUGUUGGUGUUGAUUCUGAAAAGCAAGAUUCAUGUCGGGACCAGAAAAUAGUAGAACAGUCUGUUGGUAUUAAAUCAGAAUGCGAAAAUAUAUCCUGCAAGGAAACUACGCAAGAAAGUGAAAAUGAAGCUGUUUUAAAUAAUUCACUGUCGCUAAAUGAAGUGAAAAAAGAAAAGCUAGAUGUGAUCGAAUCUGGUUUAGAAAUUACUUUGGGAGGGAAACACUCAACUAACGACAACCUUGACAGUGGCAAAAAUGGAAAUGACAUGAAAGUGAUUGGCAGCAUUGAUAAUACAGAAGAACUCCCGUGUGAUAGUAAAGGAAUGGCCGAGGAAAAUCUUGCAGUGGCUGCCAGAUGUGAACGAACGAAAAUAAAUGCGAGCGAAAAAUUGGACUCUCUCCAUCUGCAGAGGUUGAAUGAAUGGUCUUCUGAUGGGGGGCAGAUAUUCGAACGAGUCAGUGGAUGCAGUGAUGUAAAUGUAUGCGCAAGCGAGAUUUUUGAAGGUAAUCAGAAUUUUAAACAAGAAAGCUGUAAUUUAGAACUUUCCUCCUCAGUCAGCAAACCAGGUGAACUGGAACAUUUGAUAGAAACGCAAACUUUCAGUGACUCAAAGAGUGAUACAGAAGCUCAUGAAUCUAAAAACGACCCUCAUUCAAAGGAAUUCGUGCUUGAAGAAGAUAUUUUGAAAGUAUCAAACGAACAUAGUUUUGAAUGUGAUGUAGUACACCCAAAUAUUCGCCAUUCCAACAACGACAGUUGUAAUGUCAUUACCGAUAGCGUACAAUUUUCCGAAGCUCUGGAAAAUAAAUUACAUAAUGUGGAGUGGGAAACUACUGUUGAAGUUGGCAAACUUUCAUCAACCGAAGCCAAGUCAAAGCCUUGCUUUGAUUUGAAAAUCAGUGAAGUUUCUUUACAGGAGGAUAUUUCUUCUGAAUAUUUAGAUAUUCCAGAGAAAAAUUUCCAGCAGCAGGGAGAUGAGAGUUUGCCACACCUUCCCCAAAAUUUAAAUGUAGAUGGUGGUAGAGAGCCAGUGUCUUCAAAACGCUACCGAACAAGACAGAUUCUUGAGGCUUUUUUCAUGCCAAAUCAUCACCAGCGAUACUUAGAUGUAAUUGCUGAAGAGGGCGGAGAAUCUAAUGAGGAGAAGGAAUCAGCUGAGCAGAAUAUAGAUAUUGGUAAAGAUUCUGACAAAGCGAUUGUAGUCAUGAGAAGUAAUGGGCUGUCAAUGGAAGACAGUACUUUACAAUUUGCGAAAAGCAGAAAAAACACUGAAAUGAUCUCCCUAUGGAGGUGUAGUAGACAUAACCCAGAUGAAUGUAAAUUAAAUCCUAAACAUAACAUUGUGUGGGAGAAGAAAAGUAGCACAUUUGCGAAUAAUGUGUUUAAUACACAUCAUAAAUCCGACUGUGAGGUUGAUACUGAAAGUACCGACGACGAUGAUCCAAUGCUUGCCAGGGUGAGAACACAAGAAAGUGAAGAAAAUGCGGAAGUCGUGUUCUUAGAAGACACAAGCAGUGCUAGCAGCAUCACAAUACAGGGCGAUGAUCCUGGCGACGAUGCUGACAUCGAUGAAAUAGAAAUAGAAUAUGAGGACUAUGAUGUAGGCGAAAACAUGAGAAGUCCAAAUACAAAUUCUCGCCCAUAUUUUACCUACAAAAGAGAAGAUAACAGUGCAGCAAAAAAUAAAUCAAGUAAACAGUUAGCUGUUUUCCAAGAAACAAAUGAACCUUCAAACAUAAAGUACUAUGAUGAGCCAAUUUACGAAAAUGUAAUCGUUUUUCGUAGGAACAAUGUUUCAAAAGAUUUUAAUGGCAAUUCUAGUACAAAAAAUAGCAAGUUAGGUCGAGAUGUAAUACAUAUUUCAACUGCUACGCAUGUUGAUCAAAUUACUUCUGCCACAGCAAUGUCGGUUGCUGGUGAAAAUUUCUUACCGACAGAGAAUAUCAAUGACAACAAUUGCUGUAGUAAGAAUAAUUCAGAAACUCAAAACAAAAGUAAAGCCUUUGGCUCUACAGAUGAAUCAAUGGACAUUAAAGAUGAAAAGAUUGUAGAUUUCUUUAAGCAUCUUUUUAUAUCACUUCCUGAAGCCGAUGAAAGAAGGAAAAAUUUAUAUGAAGCUCUUAUGGAACUAAUAAGCGAUCUUAGCUCGCCACUGUCUCCAAACACUAGAAGUAGCCUUAAUGGUCUACUUUCAGACGAGUCAUUCAGGACUCUUAAAGAGUCAAAUACGAACAAGGAUUGUAUCACUUUAAAGCCAAAUACUUCAAAAGGUUCUUCGGUAAUAACUAAAAAUUCCUGCAAGAACACUUUGUCCAACUUCACAAAUAAACCAAACAACAUUCAGCAAAUGUCUUUCGAGACUUGUAUCUCCAACCCCGAAAGCACAAAAAGUUUUCCGAGAAGUCUGAAAGAUCUCGCUUUGGAUAAAAUAUUAUCUUUACCAUAUGGAACAGAAAUUCUCAUAUGUCUCGGAAUAAAAGGAUACAACAUAUAUUCACAGAAUAUUUCUGCUGGAAAUGGGCAAAAGCAGGAUGCAAAGUCAAGUGCACCGUUGCAUACUGUAAGCGAAGGUUUGCCUAGAAGGUGGUCGGAUGAAGACACGUGGGAUGAUGAUUUCAGGAGCCAGGAGGUUCAUUCUGUGGUCUCGGAUAGCGCCAGCGAGGACUGGGUUGGGAUGCCGACUAGCAUGGACCCUCGUCUCCUGGUGUGCAUGUCGCCGGCCCAAGCGCGUGGUUAUCGCGGCCAUUACAUGCUGCCGACCCCCGACGAGGCGCAGAACCUCCUCGAUCUGCACAGCAAGUACAUGGAGCGCCAGAGCUACCACGACAACCGCGCUCCCUUUCGUUCGCCGACACGGGGGAGAAUCCGCGAAUCCACCCACAGCGGGCUGGACGACGGCGAGGUGGCUCUCAUUGUGGGUCCGUCUCGCGGGGAGGAAUGCGCGACGUCACGUACAGUUAAAAUACCCGCGCCGGAGGGGGAGGAGGGUGCGCGAGGCGGCGGGACGGAGAGCAGCAGCCGGCUGCUGGCAAUCAUCCGAGCGUCGUCGCCCCGCGUAGCGCCGCGCCGCCAGAAGACGCCCGCCGGCAUGGAGACCCCCCGCGCCAGGGCGACCAACCGCCACUCUUGGGCUGGCCAGCGACAGCCGGACAAGAGGGCCUCGGCCUUCCUGGACAGCCUCGACUGCAACCUCAGAGCGUCCGAGGACGAGAGGCUGAGGGCCAAGCUUCUGUCGGAGUGGAUGAACCUCGCCCGCGGACGCUCGUCCUCGAUCACUGGGACAGAACUUCGAGACCAAGCAGAGACCCAUGAUACCCAGAGAGAAGGUGGGCAGUCGGAGGGGCAGCAGCAACGUGAGCACGUCCCGGAAGGCGAAGAUCAUAAGGCUUCGGCCCGAAGAAGGAGGCACUCCCUGCCAGAACCAGAAUUUGACGAUGCAGCCCCUCAGCAGCCCCAGCUCUCGAGGCAGGUUUCGGCCCCUUGCGAGCCGCGACGGUUCGACCCCGGCCAGUACGUCAUCUCGAAGCGGGGGGACAUCGCCGUCAUCCAGAGCGAGGCGCGCCCCGGGAGGACCUGGCCCAAGCCUGGCGCCGCCGGCGACGGCGAGAUCUUCCGCCAGCAGAUGUACCUGGAGUACAUGAGCAAGGUGGAGGAGAGGAAGGAGCGCCGCCGCCAGAAGAUGAUCCGCCUGUCGGCGCCGCCGCUGGGGGCGGCCGCGGGGGCGGAUGCGUUCUGCCCCCGGCUGCAGUCAGAGUUCAUGGACCGGCUGCGCGAGCGCAAGGACAAGCUGGGGCUGGAGCUCAGCGACCAGGAGGAUCGCGACGGCGGUGCCUCGCCGCGGCUACCGAGGCACCUGCACGAGCUGCUGGUGUCAGACGACGCGGCCAGUGACACCGAGGGCGUGUGGUCCCCGGCGCAGAAGGACGGCAGGGGGGAAGAGGCGGAGCAGCAGCCAACCAGCGAGCAGCAGCAGCAGCAGCAGCAGCAGCAGCAGCAGCAGCAGCAGCAGCAGCAGCAGGGCGAGCCGGCGGCCCCCGUGUGGACGCCCAAGAGCGCGGGUUCGAGUCCCGUGGCGGAGCGCAGGGAGUUCCGCCCAGUCAGGUUCCAGUCGCCCACCCUCCCGCGCAGGAGCGCGCAGCCGCCGGAGAGACAGAUGAAGCAGGAGGAAGCAAGGCAGCAGCAGCAGCAGCAGCAGCAGCAGCAGCAGCAGCAGGAGGUUGAGAAGGGCGCGGACGACCCCGCCUCGCAGACGACGCGCCUGGUGCAGAGCCACAGCGCCCCGGCCAGCGGCCUGUCCUCGCUGGUCUCCCUGCCGCGCGCGCAGAACCCCACCAUCACCCUGCUGCAGAAGGCGAGAGAGGGUCAGCUGCCGAAGGGUGCGCUCUACCUUGAGAAUACCGCAAACAACAAUGAGGACAAGUCCACCAUGAACCCUAACGACAUUCUGUUUGAGGUGAAGCGGGAGUACGAGAUGGACUCCGAGGAGGGCCACAAGAAGGUGACGGAGCUGACGCCCAGGAAGUACGAGGGCAUCGGCCCCACGACCAGGGAGGGGGUACCCCUGGUGCUUCGCUCGGAGAUUAGAGAUGCAAACCAAGCUAAAUGGUACAAACGGAUGUAUGAUUCCUUGCAUCGCGCCAGUAAAGAUGACAACUAUGUGACAGUUCGCUACAGGCCUUCCAGAGGUGGCUCGCAGUAUCGGCACGCAUCUCCCGGGGGCUACGCGUCCGAGCCGGACCGCUCCGGCUACCACUCGGACAUCGGCUUCUCGGCCAAGUACGCGACGCUGGACCGACGGCGCAUCAAGAACAAGGAGAACGACUUCACCACCAACACCCUGCCUCGAUCCAAGUACCUGCCGCACCCGGACUCCGUCAAGUACUACACGGAGGUGUACAGGAACCAGCCGGGCCGGAUCGAGGACUACGUGCCGGGACGGUCCUCCAUCUCCGACAAGGAGACCAAGCAGUGGUGGGAUGAAGUCCUAGAGAUAUUUGAUGGCUGGUUGGAAUCUCACUACACGCAACUCAAUCACAGCUCUUUACACUCCAGCCACGAGUUACGUCGCCGCCUCGAAAAACAAGAGCGUCACCAAGUGCCCGUCAGCCUGCCUGAGAACUCCUUCUUGAAUCGCGCGGCGAAGGUGUCGGGGUACGAGAGCGACUCGACGCUGGUGUUCAAGCGCCGCGACGAGAACCUGCAGAGCCAGCUGAGCCCGGCGGAGCAGAGGACGGCGUACAAGACCAUCCAGAAGGGAGGGGAGGUCCCGCUGCACGGGCUGCGCAAACCCGCCCCGGAGAGGCCCAAAGAGCCAGUGAACGGUGCAGUCCCGGGCAAAAGCCACAGCGGGGACAGAGCCCCAGAGUCCCCGCGCCGCUACGUGGAGUCGGAGGUGACGAUCCACUACCGCAGCCCUGUGCGCGCCGAGGCGAAGCAGGCGGUGUCGGAGGAGGAGCUGGCGCGUCGCCAGGCGGAGGCCAUGCGCCGGAUAUACCAGGAGGAGCGCCGGCGCAAGUACCUGCAGGAGCUGCAGGACAUGAACAGCCGGCGGCACACGGACAACUUCACGCCGUCCCAGAAGUCUCCGAUACCGCUGAACCGCUACGACGACAUCCUGGAUGACGUCAGUAAGACGAAGCCGCGCGACCAGACGCCAGAGCCCAAGCUGGUGGCCAGGGCUCUGUACAACUUUGUCGGGCAGACAUCGAGGGAACUGAGCUUCCGGCGAGGGGACAUAAUCUUCGUGAAGCGGCAGAUCGACAAGAACUGGUACGAGGGUGAGCACAACGCCAUGGUCGGGCUGUUCCCGCUCAACUACGUCGAGAUCAUCCCGUACGAUGGCAUCCGAACAAUGCCAAAGCGACCGAGUGAAGGACAAGCUAGAGCGAAGUUCAACUUCACUGCACAAACCUACCUUGAGCUCCCAUUAGUUAAAGGGGAGCUCGUGGUGCUGACACGGAGGGUGGACGACAACUGGUACGAGGGCCGCAUCGGCCCCCGCAAGGGCAUAUUCCCCGUGUCGUACGUGGAGGUACUGCAGGAGCCCGGGACGGCGGACAGGCCCGCGCCGAGGGCGGUCUCCUCGCCCGCCUCGCAGGCGGUGAUGGUGAACGGCAGCCGCGCCCGGCCGGCCACGUACCAGCCGGGCAGCUACUACAGCCAGCACAGGUCUCUGUCGGGGCACUACGCCACCUUGCCUCGCCAGGGCCAGGCGGGGAAGCAACAGACGUCAGCCGUGAACCAAACACUGCACAUAGACACUCGUUCGGAACCUGUGCCGUACCGCGCGCUCUACAACUACUGCCCCCAGAACGAUGACGAGCUGGAGCUGGUGGAAGGGGACACCGUGCACGUGAUGGAGAAGUGCGAUGAUGGCUGGUACGUGGGCUCCAGCCAGCGCACGGGCUACUUCGGCACCUUCCCCGGCAACUACGUGGAGCGGAUGUGAGGCGAGGUAGGGUAGACCGCUUGGCCGGCGGAACUGUCAGGAACACGCGUGGCAACGAACGUGGCUUGUUACUUGUUUUAGUGUAAAAAAAACUAAUUAUGAUGAUGGGUUUUUGAAUGCACAGUACGAUGAAAGGUUUUGGCACAUUCAGUUGCUGGUCGCAUUACUGCGCUAACGUAAUUUUAAGUCCCUCGGAAUUUUUUUGUUACUGCCUGUUUUUAUUCCAGUUGUGUUUCCUUUUUUCACAUUUGGCAUUUCUGUUAAAACUAUAUUGACUUUCGAUAAUCCAAAAAAAUCGCUAAUCCGGCGUGGCCAUUUACCCAAAUUUUUGGAUUAAAAGAAAUUUAACUGUACUUAAAAAUUAUUAAUGGCCACACAUUAUUUUAAUUAAAAAUUACGAACUCGAUUACUGAAACUAUUUUUUUCUAUCAACGUGUCGGCACAAUGACGCCACCAUUUCAAAUAUUCUGUAUUCACAGCGGAUAUUACGACUGUAUCGUUAUUUUUUUAAGUUUAGAAAAAAGAAAUGCUUUUAACAAAAGUACUGGGUUGUUGUAAUACAGAACGAUUGUUUGCAUCACGUGAUUUCUGACAGUUCUACUGGUGAUUCGUGAGCCACUGUUCGGAACGCGCACUGAAGACGAACAUUGGUCUACCUCAUUAGCCUACGAGAUGGAUGCGCCAGUAGUCCUGAUGCGUUUAGUCUGGGAAGGCUAUGAAGCCGCUGGUGUUACCGCGAGUACCAAAGAGAUUCAUGGCUGACAAGGAUCAAGUAAAUAUAUACACGCAACAAUAAAUAUUUAAAAAAAUAAUAAUAUUAUUAAACUUGGCAUCAAUGAAGCACUGAUGGUGUACAAACAAUACAGAGAAUUUCUAAAAAUAUAUACUUGUAUAUUACUGGAACUCUACAUCGUAGGCUUAUUUUAGCCAUACUUAUAACAGCACACGUCAGUUCGGAAUGACAUUAUUACUUAAUAAUUAUUAUUUUUCAUCUCUUGCAGUUUUUUUUUUAUGCACAUAAACAACUUUUAUCCUUCAGCUUCACUUUUUUUUUUUUUUUUUAAAAAGAAUUGCCAGUAUACUUCAUGGUUAUGAUGUAGGAGACAUACAAACAAACUUUUACUGCUGUCCAAUAUCUUAAAAUCCUACCUAGGUUUAAAUUUAAAAUAAAAGUUUUAUGAAGAGAAUUUUCACUCUAAGCAAUUCAUUUCAUCAUUUGUUGAUAAUAAGUGUUUAGGCGUUGAAGUGCAAUUAAAUAUAUUUCAGCAUUAUGCACCAUAUGCAAACUUCAAGGCAACAGAAAUUUUCUUCAUUGCAAUACAUACCUGAACAGUCUUAUUUUCACUGGAGCACUUUAGCCGACUUUGUAAGGAACUUCAGUUGUUGCCACUGAUGGAGAAAAUGAUGUGUGUCCACUAUGCAAGUGCAUCUUCUCAUGUGUUGUAUUAGUUAGAACAAUACAGCGUCUUUCCCGGCCACCUUAUGUAUGCUGUGUGUUGGGACAAGAUUUUAUGGUUUUAUUUUUAGGUCAGUUUCAUUUUUAAAACUUUUAAUUUUUGGUGUUUUUGUUUUUAUUUUUAAAUAUUGUCUUCAUCGAUAAAUAUGGUGAAUUAUUCAACAAAUAUGAAGUUAAAAUAAUUAUUAAUACAUAUUUCACCAAAAUAGUCCCUUUCGACUAUCAUGGUCCAAACAGAACUACUCAGAAAACUAAAAAAUAGACAAUUUUUUUUUUUUUUUAAAAACGUGCCAACAUUAUGACGUAAUGUGUUACUAAUGAGAUGCAAGAUCAAACAAUGUAAUGUUAACUUUUUUUCAAUCCAUUUAGUUCAUACAUUUUGGAACAGAAUUUAUGCUAAAUAAAUUUACCGUAUUAAAAGAAAUGUUUUCAUUUUGAGUUCAGUUAUGACAAAUUGCUGAUUCAUUUGAUGUUUUAAAUUACACUGCAGUAAAAUGGUGUAUUAAAUUGCAUUUUUGGCAUAAUAAGUUAUAGUGACAGGCUUUUCGGAGUUCAUUUGGUUUUAUCGCAAUUCGAAUUCACCAUAUUAUCUUGUUCCUAGCAAUAAAGAGGUUUAUCAGAUGCUUCUUCCUGCAUCUUAUCACACACGAGUUGAGGGUAUCCACAUUGUGACACACCCCCAACAUGAAACAUCAGUGCUUGCUUUGUUGUACCAAGUUAUUGAUGUCCAUCGAGAAAUAAAUAUUCUUGUGCUUCCAAGAUGUCUUCUGUUGUUAACAACCACCAUUAGGGGUAAUGCUGAACUAAAGUUUCAUAUUUAUUUUGUAUUGGGACUGUGUUCAGUAUGUAUUCCCAAUUGAACCUAAGUGUUUUAGGCCUAUUAAUAAGAAUGGACAACCAAUAUUUAGGAUAGCAUAAGUUUUGUUAAAAGUUAUUUGCUAAAGUGUUGAUGGUUAAUUACAGUUUAUUUAAUGUUAUUUUUUUAUUUUCAUUCAGUUUAUGUUUAAUAAUUUAUAUACAUAUAUAUAGUUGUUUAAGCAACAAACACAAUUGUAUAAAAAUAUAAUAUAUAAGUUUAAGGUGCAUAGUAGUUGUAAAUAAAUGCAUAAGCAUGCCCUGUUAGAGAAAUUGUGAACCUUUAGAAAUUUCAGAUUUUGAGGCUAUUUCAUAAAUGCUUACUCUGAAAAUUUUAAGAAAAUUUUGUGGACUUAGUUGACCUUUAAGAUGGGAAUCCAACUAGAACUAAAAUGUUAAAAGAGUUUGCAGACUAACAUUCUGUUUAACUUUAAAUGACUUACCUUGAGAUAGUAAAAUGUAAUACCAUUUUCUGACACACACAUACACACAUUCCUCAUGCAUGCUUACAUUCUUGUCAUAAAUCCGUCUAUUAUUUUUUUUUUUUACCCAAAAUGGAAAAUUUGCAUAUUGAGCGCAGCACACUUUAUUAAAUAAAAAAUCUGCAUAAAAUCUGCGCCCCAUGGGUGGGUAAAUAUAGUAUUUUUGUCCCGUGGUGAUUUGGAAAGCCAAAUCGCAAACCUUUUAACUGGGGCAACUUCCUCAGCCAUCACUUUUAUUUUGAACUGAGCAUCCAUCAAAGCAAUACUUGGUAUGAAGUUUCUAAUGCUCGUGAUGAUAUUUUGGCAGUAUGCAAAAAACCUUUCUCAUGGCAUCACGUUUAUUUUGGUUUUUCCACAAUGUCAGGAAAAAUCAUGGUUUUUUUUUGUAUAAUGUAUAGUUUAUUGGCACUUUAGUAAAAUUAAUAUUAAAAAGCGAGAGUUGGAAUUGACAGUGUUAUGUAACUGUGCAGUGUGUUAAUGUAUCAGGUGAAUUCAAUGAAGAUUCCCUAAAUAAGCUGUAACCAGUGAAUAAGAAUUAAAAGCCUGGAAACAGAUCUUUGAAAUUUUUAAAAGUUCACAAUUUUUUUCACUAUGUAUUUUUCCCCAGGAUGGAAAAUGCAUACAGAAAUAUGUACAUAUUUAAUCAUAUACAUAUACACCAACUCGUAAUUAUCAUGUGUUGUUUGUGUAAUGAAAUGAUUUACUCUCUAGUCACUAGCCAAAGUUGAAUAUCUCAAUAAUUGUUGUAAAAUACUGUAUUGUGAAAAUAAUUGUAAAGAGAAGUAGAAAAUUGUACCCACAUAUUUUCUCAUACUACUUAGUACUUUUAUAAAGUCUUAAUCAUAGUGUUGCUUGUUAUGUUCGAAAAUGGAGGCAUGUUGGGGGGGGGGUGGGGGGACAGUGAGUGUCCACCAAUGUCUCUGGCUGUAGUAUCUAUUUUUGUAUCAUCCGUUAUUAUGUAGGCCUCUCACACAUGUCACAAAAUUACAUUUUGUCGAAUGAAUUGUGAUUUUUACAAUUUUUACUCAUACUUUAUGAGCAAGAACAGAAAUUGUAACAACCAAUCAAUACAUAGAUUCAAUGAAUAUUUUUAAGUUUAAGAUGUCCUGUUAACUUGAACUGGUUUUCUCAAAACAGUGAGUACAUGUUAUAAACUCGAGAGGUUAGAGCUUAUUAAUGAGAGCCUUGAGAAGUUUCAAGUUGAAAAUCACAGUGUGAAGCAUCAUCUGUUGAAAUGCAGAGAGGAAAUAUGUUGUACUGUAUUCAAUCUAAUUUCUCACUACCCCUUA